AUGAUCUUGAAGCCUCCGAUAGCUUUUAUCAAAGUCUCCCGGAUUUCAAGUCGCUUCCGGAUAAGCCUGGUCGUCGAAAUGCAGGAGCUCAAGCCACCGCGUGCCAGGGCAGCAACAGUAACACAAUUGGGAUGCACAAAGUACAGUGAUGUUGGUCAGUCCUUUGUUCAUCCAAAUGAUCAGCGUUCAUCCACUCUACUAUACCCUCCCACUCCUUCCAUCCUUUUGUCUUUCACCUUGCCCUGUAGAUGUGGCGGUCAGAUAAGUGAAGUUGCGAGCAUCGAUAACGCUGAACUGUCGGCAUGGUCGGAUUGUGGUGAGCAGCAGUUAACGCCUGAAUUCCAGCUAGAUGCGAUUUGUUUUAAUGAGUUGAGUCUUCUUGGUGUCUCAAAAUCCGGCCGCUGUGUUUAA